AUGUUAAAUAAUUUUUCAAAUAAAUCUAUCUAAUGGGAUGAUAUUUUUACCAUUCCAAAUAUGAUAGAACUUAAUAAACCUACAGAUUCUUAUUAUUUUGAAGCUCCUCAAAAGUUUUCUGAAAAAGGUGUUAAACCACUAUUUAUAUGA